AUGGCCACUAAGUUAUCGUCUCUUGUAUCCAGCACUACUGGAGUCGUAAAUGAGCCAAAGAAAGGAAAAUAUCCUAUAUGGCCUGAAUGGAAUGAAGCCGAUAUUAAUGCUGAGAAAUGGGAUGGAGGAAAAAUGGGAAAAGACAAAUCUAACAAAAGCCCCAUUCUUCACUUUUUUGAUGACCCUGAAGGGAAGAUAGAACUGCCACCAUCCCUAAAAGUCCACACAUGGAAGCGUCCACUUGAAUUUAUCACAAGAAAGUCACCUGUCGUGGUAGCAAAUGAAACAUGGUUUGAUCUCCUUUCUGCAAAUGAACACCUACUUGAAAGUGAGCUAAUGAGAUGGAUUAUCAGUGAAAUCUUGGCAGUUUGGAGGAUAUACAAUGGAAGCCUUUCAACAUCUGAUAAACCAGGUAAUCCAGAACCCGUUGUACUGUCCUGGAAGCCAUGGGAACAUAUAUAUGCCCUUUGUAAGGCUGUUAAAGGGCAUGUACCUCAGUACAACAGCUAUGGAAAAUAUGUUGUAAAGCUUUAUUGGAUGGGUUGCUGGAGAAAGAUCACUGUGGAUGACACUUUCCCUUUUGAUGAACACAAUAAUUUAUUACUUCCAGUAACAACUUGUGAAGGAGAGAUGUGGCCAAUGCUGCUGAGCAAAGCUAUAAUUAAACUUGCGAUGUUAGACAUGAAAAAUGGAAACAGAGAAGUGGGAGAGUUCACAGUUCUACAUGCACUCACUGGUUGGAUUCCGGAAAUUAUACCACUCCAGCAAGAAUAUGCUGAUCAAGUGUGGAACCUACUGAAAGAGACAGUAUUAGAAUUUAAGCUGCCAGAUGAUGAGAAUGUUGAAGAUAAAAAUCCACUAACUGAGUCAAAGGUGAAAGAAUGUAUGAAAGAAAGCAAGGAAGGCAAGGUUAAUGAUGUGAAGCCUGAAAGUCCUCCUGUCUACAAGACAACUGAUAAAAGUGGCAAAGAUAAGGCAGAGACUAAAGAUGCAGGAAAGAAAAAAGGUAAAGAAGGAGAUAAAGAAAAGGAGAAAAGCAAAUCAGCAUCUCAUUCUGCACGCCCAGCAUCAGAAGCUCAAAGUAUUUUUCAGCAGUCUUUUGUUGAAUGCACCCCUGUACCAACAACUCCACAGAUGAUAGUGUAUGCUGGCUAUCUUCCUCUUCAGUUAUUUGAAAAGAAGACAACUGUUCUUUCACAAAUGACUGACUCUGCAGAGAUGCUACGACAUUAUGGGCUUUCCCAUGCAUACAGCCACCCUGUACUAGUAACUAGGACUAGGUCUUGCCCACUUAUAGCACCUCCAAAACCCCCUCCAAUUCCAAGAUGGAAGCUUAUCCGUCCGAAAAAGCACUCAAUGCCAACUGAUGAACCACAAGAACCUGUUAUCAAAAAGCCUGACCAAUUUAUUGAGAUUGCAACACCAUUUCUUAAUUUCAGGCUUACUACAAUUCAUGUACCAGAAAUCAUGCAUCAGCAGUCUUCAAGCAAUAAGAUAUCCUCAGUGAGCUCGAGCCUGAAUGCUGUCAGUGAGAAUGAUGAAACUGUUCAGGAAAAUGAAGAGGAUUUGAAGUCAAGUCUAAAAUCAGUAGAUGUGACAGAUGGUUCUGAGGAAACAAAAACUAAGCAUGUAUCUCCACCUUCUGAAAGUUUGCCUGAUUGGCAAGCUUUUUCUCAAGGUUUAUUCAAUGUCUUCAUGGCCAUUAGGCCUUCCGUGGCUGCUUCUCCUCUGGCUGUCCCUCCUGUUAUCAACCCUAGGCCUCAGACUGCAGAUCAUCUUCCAACUGAAGCUGAAGAUUCUUCAGAUUCCUGCUCAGAGGAUUCCCUAUCUUAUGCUUCCCAAUUGCCAUCCCCUGUAGGGUAUACCUCCCCAGAGGAGGAAUCUGCUGAGGCAGAUUCCCAUGACGAGAACCUAACCUUUGGAAAAGCCAUCUCUCAGAUGAGAGAGUUCUUCAGAUGGGACUCUUCUGAAAUGACUGAAGCCCAGAAGAAGUACUAUGAACUUUUACAAAUGGAUACUCCUUCACCAUCUGCCAUCCCAUCAGUCCUACCAGCCUUCUUAGAUGCAUUCAAUGCAGCUUCUAAAAAUCCUGAAUCCCAACCCCCUGCUGGUGUAUGCUUCUUAAUAAUGACAAGAUUAAUUGCAGGGUUUUCUUAUAUCUUUGUACAGGAGAACAAAAAUAAUCAUCAACACAAGGCAAGCAGUCCUACUAAAGACAGCCCUACAGAUGAUGUUCCAACUAGUCAUACUCAGAUAUCAGAAGCAGUAGAAGCUACUAGUCAGCUAAAUCUUUUAAUUAAAGAGAAAGAAGACAUUCAACAAGAAAAGAAACCAGUCCUCGGGGAGACAUGGAUCAGUUUUGAGGACUUCUGCAAGUGCUUCCAGACAUUGUAUGUUUUCCAUAAACCAUUUUCUUACUCAAAUACAUAUCAGAAGUCAGAGUUUAAGUCUCUAGAUGAACAAGCGUCAUAUUACCUGUUGGUGGACAGUCUAAAACCUUUUGAAAUUUUGGUCAGCUUUUCUGCGUUACUAAGAUGGGGAGACAGUGGACAUGACAAUAAGGAGAGAGAUGAUAAAGGUACUGCAAAAGAAUACUCUAGUUUGAGACCAGGAUCGCUUGUGGCUGAGCCUUACUCUUGGAAGUAUUUAGCAGCAGAUCCACCUGUAUUACAGAUCUGUACAUCUGCUACCAGAGCUGCUUUGAUGACAUUACCAUCAGGGCGUCACGUGUUACGCUUCACUGCAAGUUCUUCCCUCGGGUACCAUAUCCACCUGUGCAGCACUGUGCCAUUUGUCUUUGGUGAGGAAGAAAUUGUCAUGCCAUACCUUGACAAGGAAAGCAUCCGUUUUAUUGAACAAGCUACAACUAUCAUGAGAGCUCUUGGAAAUGUGAUGAAUAACUUCAGUGAUGCGAAUGAACUACCUAAGGCCCUAAAAGAUCUUGAACUAGCCCACUGUCCCCUGGGCUUGUUUGGUCAAGAGCUGAUAGAUGCACACGUCAAGGCUUUUAACAGUGCUGUUCUUCAUACCUUUGGGCAAAUGAUGGGUUCUAAUUUUACCCCAGAAUUAAAGUUUGCAUGCAAGGCUGUUACAUUCGAUGUUAAUAAUAGUUUUGGUGAAGAAGAAGAAGAAAAUGCUACAGAAAAUGAAGGUAAUGAGCUGCCUACAUCAUGGCAGAAUAAAGAACCAACUGAAACAGAAUUACAGGCAGCAGUCAUAAUUCAAGCAGGAUGCAGAGGGUUACAUGUUCGAAAACUCAGGGAUGCCAGAAAGCCUGGAACAGAAGAGAAUGCUGCUGUCAAAAUAAGCCUAGAAAAAUUAUGGGCCACUCUUGAACCAAGUAUAGAACAACAUGCUGUGGCUUUGUUAAGGCACAUGUUUGAAAGCAACUGCAAAUCUGUUCAGCUGUAUCCCUGCUAUGGAGAUGAAUGGACUAAAGUGUCUUUCAGUGAUUACAUUGUGACCUAUUCUGAUCAACCAGCAAAUUCUUGGUUUCUUGUUUUCAGGGAAGUGUUUCAUUUUGCAAAAGACAUGAUGGGAGUGCCAAAGAUUUAUACAACAAUUCCUUCUUCUGUUCUCCAUGUUGUGAAAAAUGACACAUUGGAGGAGAUACCGAGAGUAUUUAGUAAAGUAGUACCAUACACCUACACCAAAGAUAAGAAGGGAUUCACAUUUGUGGCAGAAGCUCAUACUGGUGAUGCACCUCUGCCUGCUGGAAAAUGGAGACUCCGCCUCAUUGGAUCUUCUGGCCCUCUGCCAGUUCUUUCUCGUGAACCCAUCAAUAACUCAUUUGCAGUCAAGGAACUUAGAGACUACUAUGUCCCUAAUGAAAAACAAAUACUAUUCAGAUACCAGGUGAAAGUCAUGCUAGAUCACCUUGCUACAGUGCAGCUGCAGACCUCCCAACAAGAUGUCCAUAUCAAAUUGCAAAUUCUAGAUAAUGAGGAAGAAGUAGCAAACAGUACUGGAAAAGGGCAUGCUGUCAUUCCUGCAUUUUAUUUUUUGCCUAAUGAACGGCCUUCCAGCUCUUACUCAACCAGAAGUCAGCCUACUCAGAACCUUGCCAUAGGUGGCAAGAAAGGAACUGUUAGUCCAGGUGGCAGUCAAAAAGGAGGAAGGUCUGCAUCCAGAGCUGGAAAUGCAAUGGAACCCAUGCUGAUUACAGAAGAUGACAAUGCCAGUCUUGCUGGAGUAAUUGAAGAGAAGACAACUGAACAGCAAGUAGUUCAUAAGUACAUUAUUCAGGCAGUGGUACUCUACAAAAGUUGGAAACUAUCAGACAGUCAACUUACAUUUGCUCAGCAAUUGAAGGAAGUGGAAAAAAAUGAAAUCAGACUUUAUACAGAAAAACAUGAAGAACCAGUUGUUACACCAAACCCAGAAGUGCAGCAUCCUAGUGAAGGACUGAAAUCUGCUGGAACCCCCAAAACAUCCAGGAGGCAGAAAGAUAAGACAGACAAAACUGAAAAAGAAAAGUCAGGAAAAGAUAAAGAAAAGGAGAAAGACAAACAGUUGCCCUUAUCACGGCCAGAGUCUCAGGCUCAGUCAUUUGAUAUAAGCAAGCCUUACUGGAUUCUCCGUGUUGUCAGUGAUCAAAGUGAAGCAGAUACCAUAGACAUCAAGAGAGACACAGAACGAAUAGAUGAAAUUAAGGCAAUGAAACAAGCAUGGGAAUCUGCAGAACCAGGCAGGGCAAUCAAGGCCGUGCAGUCUCGCUUACAAUUUAUUAACAAAUAUCUCCGAAAGACAGCAUCUGAAACCACUACUGAAGCUGGUGGAGUUCUUAGUACACCGGUUCCUGAUGAAGGAGUUGCCUCUGUAUCUCCAUCUCCUGAGCCUCAAACUCCAUCAACAGCUCUUGAUGGACUCUCUCAAACCUCUAGCCAUCCAGCACAGAAAAGACAGUGGGAGCCAUUAGACUUAGCACCUUUCAUUAGGAAGUCAAGAGCUGAUCCUCAACUGAAGGAUGAAUUGAUCGCUCAGCAGCAGGAGCAGAAGAAAGCACAAGAGAUUCAGAUAUUUCGACAACUCCGGGAUCAUAUCUUAGAGAGCAGGGAACAAGAGCAUCAGGCACGGAAUUUACUGAAGAUGAAAAUAUUGCAAAUGUAUGAAGACAUACAGGCAUCCAUGGAUGAAGCAAGACAUGAAAUAUUUCAAGAGCGGGAUUCAUACAGAAAUAGAUUACUGGAGGCUGAAAACAAAAUUCGGCAAGAAAUAGCAGCAAAGGAUGUAGCUGCUCAAGAAGAACAGGAGAAAAAAAGUCCUACUGUGACAAGCAGACAAAAAAGUGCCAAACGAGGCAAAAGUAGUGGCAGCAAGAAAUAGGUUAUGUUUAUACACAGUGCUUCAUUUAAAAACAGAUAAUUUAAUGAGGAAAGAUACCAUAUGCAGAAACAUUUAUAUUCUAUAUAUACUUCCGUAAUUUAUCAAGGCUUAUUUACUGGAUUUUGCUUUGUGCCAUUUGAAAGCCUCAAAUAUAGUAUUCAAAAAUUCCUGAAAUAUUAUAUGGAAUAAAUGUUUAUAAAAUGGUGCAGUUUCAUUACCAAAACAGUUUUAUACAUUUUAUGAUCUGAAACAAUAGAACAAUAAACAGAAACACUCAUUUUCUUUGAGUAUUGCAGGCUGGUACUGGGAAUACUUUAGUCAUUGUUUAAAUUAAGUUGUUGUGUACUUCUUUUACUAAAGUGUGCAGUUAAAUUUAUGAAUGUAAUAUGAAUCAUAAGCUGAAAAUCCCAUUUUGUUUGAAAGUAAAAUAUA